CUUUUUGUAUUUUUCUGCUGGGGAUGGGCCAGAUUGGGAAGGGCGGUACGAGGGUGAGACUUGGCGUUGGUGUUUUGGAACAUCAAAGAUGGACAGGGUUUUCGCGGAGGUCGCUCCUCAGAUAUCUCCACAACUACAGAUCGGGGAUCUUCCAAAAUCGAGAAGAUUGGUGCAUAUGGCUAGGUCUCUUCACCUUACAAUUUGUAUGGCACUUUGGCCCGGGGUUGUGGUGUGGUAGGGGAGAACAGGGGAUAAUCUCACACAGGAGUUUCGAACAACGUCCGGUUCACGUUUGGCUGGAUAACUCCACCACCACACAGGGUAUGCAGUCGGCGAUGGGGUCAGAAUGCUCGUAUGAUCGAGGGCUUUUCGAUGGAUCUAUCGGCGGGUUCUUAUUUGAAAAAUCGAGCGAGUUCGUGGUGGAGCGGUUGUCCAAGGCACAUAGGUUAAUCAGUAGUUAA